AUGAGUGUCUUCUUGAGAGCCGGAGCUUGGCCACUGUGCCCCGCCGCCCAAGCUGUCAUUCCUUACCUUUGGAGAGGGCAAUGCUUCAGCUCCGGGAAAGAGCCUACAGAAAACAGCCCAGUGACUCCGAUGCUGCGGCAUUUUAUGUACAAAAUCAAGUCUACUGGUCCCAUUACUGUGGCCGAGUACAUGAAGGAAGUUUUGACUAACCCAGCCAAGGGAUAUUAUGUGCACCGUGACAUGUUAGGAGAAAAAGGAGACUUCAUUACUUCACCUGAAAUCAGUCAGAUCUUUGGGGAGCUACUGGGGAUAUGGUUCAUUAGUGAAUGGAUGGCUGCUGGAAAAAACUCAACUUUCCAGCUGGUGGAACUGGGUCCAGGUAGAGGUACCCUCAUUGGAGAUAUUUUGAGGGUGUUCAGCCAGCUUGAAUCUGUGCUACAAAACAGUGACAUUUCAAUCCAUCUUGUAGAAGUGAGUGAGAAAUUAAGUGAGAUCCAAGCAAAAACACUGACUGAAGAGAAGGUUCCAUUGGAGCGAAGUGCCGGAUCCCCACUGUAUAUGAAAGGGGUCACUAAGUCAGGAUUUCCAAUUUCCUGGUACCGAAAUCUGCAAGAUGUUCCAAAGGGGUUCAGCUUUUAUCUUGCACAUGAAUUUUUUGAUGUUCUUCCUAUACAUAAGUUUCAGAAAACACCAAAAGGAUGGCGAGAAGUGUUCAUUGAUAUCGAUCCGCAAGUUUCUGAUAAACUGAGGUUUGUUUUGGCGCCUUGUGCCACCCCAGCAGAAGCCUUCCUACAAAGUGAUGAAACACGGGAUCAUGUGGAAGUAUGUCCUGAUGCUGGUGUUGUUAUUCAGGAACUUUCUCAACGCAUUGCACUAACUGGAGGUGCUGCACUGAUUGCCGAUUAUGGUCACGAUGGAAAGAAGACAGAUACCUUCAGAGGCUUCUGUGGUCACAAGCUCCAUGACGUCUUAGUUGCUCCAGGAACAGCAGACCUAACAGCUGAUGUGGACUUCAGUUACUUGCGCAGAAUGGCACAGGGAAAAGUGGCCUCUCUGGGUCCAAUAAAACAGCAAAUGUUUUUAAAAAACAUGGGUAUUGAUCUCCGGCUGAAGGUUCUUUUAGAUAAUUCACAUGAGCCAUCUGUAAGGCAGCAGUUACUUCAGGGAUAUGAUAUGUUAAUGAACCCUAAGAAGAUGGGAGAAAGAUUUAACUUUUUUGCCUUGGUACCUCAUCAGAGACUUCCUGAUGGAAGCCAUCAGACGAAUGCACGUGAAUCAAAAUCCUCUCUAGCACCUGUAGCUGGGUUUGACGAACUUGUUUGGCGGUGACAUUUCACCCUGGACUUUUUACCCAUCUGCUUAAGAAAUCAAAAGAAAGGGAACACAUUUCAUA